AAUGGGAAUUAAUUAAAGAACUUUUACAAGUUCUUGGACCAUUCGAAGAAGCAACCAGAUACUUGGGUGGUUUCUAUUAUGCAACACACAGUCUUAUGCAUCGGGUUGUAAGAGAAUUGAAAAAUAUUUUUAAAUCAAAUCAAGUAAAUGAAGAUGAAUCAUAUAAUAUUAAAGAUCACAAUGCAUUUGAUGAUUAUGAGGAAGAGGAAUCACAAAAUGAACAAUCUCGAAUUAAGUUAAACAAACCAGUAAAUACUACAGGCCUCUUAGAAAAA